CAGUUUGAGCUGAUCACGGCAUUCAAACGCAAAUAUCAACAGGCAACAUGAGUCUCACUACAAAGGACAAGGACACAGUCAAGGCCUUCUGGGCUAAGAUUUCUGGGAAGGCGGACGAUGUUGGCGCUGAUGCUAUGUCCAGGAUGCUGGUGGUUUACCCCCAGACCAAGACUUACUUCUCUCACUGGAAGGAGCUGACCCCCGGCUCUGCUCCCGUGAAGAAGCACGGAAAGACUGUGAUGGGUGGAGUUGCUGAGGCUGUGGGCAAAAUCGAUGAUCUGGCUUUAGGUCUUCUCAGCCUCAGUGAGCUGCACGCCUUCACUCUGCGAGUGGAUCCUGCUAACUUCAAGAUUCUUGGUCACUGUGUCCUUGUGGUCAUCUCCAUGAUGUUUCCUGAGGACUUCACCCCUGAGGUCCAUGUGGCUAUGGACAAGUUCCUGGCUGCCCUGGCCCGCGCCCUCUCUGAGAAAUACAGAUGAAUGGCAAGCAGGACUUGAAGCAGAUGAUGAAUAUUAUAAAAGGCUUUAAAGACCUCGUCUGCCAGAAUAUGAAUAAAAGAUCAAAUGAAUUGCA